AUGAUUGGAAUAUCAAAUGCUCUCAGUUUCUUUUUUAUUGAGAGUAGCUGGUAUUUAUUAUUAUAUGCAGUUGCAUUAGGGGUUUUUAUAAUAAAUAAUUGAAGAUAUGAGUAUGAUUUUGUGGAUAUUUGUUUCUUUGACUAUUUAUUAGUCUUCUACACAAUUUUGAUACUUAUUGGAAGCUUUAUUUACAUUAAAGUUUGCCUUAAAAGAGUAUAUACAUAUAGAAAUUUUAACAGAGAUUAUGAAAGUCUUUAA